UGCAUACAGGCGAACAUGAUCGCAAAAUGUUCUAGAAAGUCGCAAUCUGUAAGGCACGUUUCAUAUCCUCCACCGGCGAAUGGUAGCGUGCGCGUUCCCGCUGUAAAGCGACAAGAUGGCGGUCGCCGCCGGAUCAGGCGUGAAAGUUCCUCGUAACUUCCGGCUGCUGGAGGAGCUGGAGGAAGGACAGAAAGGUGUGGGAGACGGAACGGUGAGCUGGGGUCUCGAGGAUGACGAGGACAUGACGCUCACGCGCUGGAGAGGGAUGAUCGUCGGCCCCCCCAGGACGAUGUACGAGAACCGGAUGUACAGCCUCAAGGUGGAAUGCGGUCCCGGUUACCCAGACACGCCCCCCUUCGUCAGAUUCGUGACCAAGAUCAACCUGAACGGCGUGCACAACUCCAGCGGCGUGGUGGAUACCAGGGCGGUGUCGGCGCUGGCUAAGUGGCAAAACUCGUACACCAUCAAAAUGGUCCUGCAGGAUCUUCGGCGCCUCAUGAUGUGCAAGGAGAACAUGAAGCUGCCCCAGCCGCCCGAGGGACAGAUCUACAGCAACUGAGCCCCUGUCUGCCCCCCUUUGACCCCCGCCAGCCCCAUGCAUCCCCGCUGAACACAUGCUCAGCCCCCGUUAUCCCUGGUGAGCCCCCACAGUUCCCAGCAGCCCCCAUUCAGCUUAGUCACCAUGAGCCCCAUGCAGCCCUGCUGGACACAUGCUCAGCCGCCGUUAUCCCCCCCCCCAAUUCCCAGCAGCCCCCGUUCAGCUUAGUCCCAUUCAGCCCUAUUCAGCCCUGCUGGGCCCCCCUCAGCCCCAUUCAGCCCUGCUGGGCCCCCCUCAGCCCCAUUAAACCCUGCUGGGCCCCCCUCAGUCCCCUCAGCCCCAUUAAGCCCUGCUGGGCCCCCCUCAGUCCCCUCAGCCCUGCUGGGCCCCCCUCAGCCCCAUUAAGCCCUGCUGGGCCCCCCUCAGUCCCCUCAGCCCUGCUGGGCCCCCCUCAGCCCCAUUAAGCCCUGCUGGGCCCCCCUCUGUCCCCUCAGCCUUGCUGGGCCACCCUCAGUCCCCUCAGCCCUGCUGGGCCCCCCUCAGUCCCCUCAGCCUUGCUGGGCCACCCUCAGUCCCCUCAGCCCUGCUGGGCCCCCUCAGUCCCCUCAGCCCUGCUGGGCCCCCCUCAGCCCCAUUAAGCCGUGCUGAGCCCCCUCAGCCCCAUUAAGCCCUGCUGGGCCCCCCUCUGCCCCAUGUAAUCCCAGUAAACUCUACUGAGCUCCCAGUUAGCCCCAUUCAGUUCCUCUCCGCACCUAUCCAACCGCCAUUUGCCCUGUUGAGCCCCUCCCCCCUCUCAGUCCCCAUCAGUCCUGCUGAGUUUUUCAUUCAUCCUUCCUUCAUUUGCCUCAACCUCAUCCCCCACCCAUCCCUUCAACAACAAACGCACACACACACACACACGCACGCACGCACAAACACACCCCCACACAGCCGCUUCCUCUUCCCAGUGCAAGCGGGACUUUCGAAAAUCCACCCCCCCCCCCUUCACCUUCUCUCCCCUACACCUGUAGCUGCAGCCACUGGCCGCUCCUCCCCGGAUGGACAGACCAACGGACAGAUGGACUCUGCAGCAGACCAGACCAUUACAAUACUGUACAUCUUACUAAUCUUUUUUUAUUAUUAUUUGUUAUAAAUGCAGACUGUAAAAUAACAUGAAUAAUCUUAUUGAGUGCACCUGC